UCAUUCCCAGUGCUCGACCGCUAUCAGCUGAUUCACGGCGUUGUUUCGCUGCCGAAGGGAUAAAAAGGCGGGAUUUCGGAACGAGGACGAUAUUAACCUCUUCGUGUGCUCCUUAUCCGCAAUAUUACAUUCGCAACUUAUCAUGUCGCAGCCCUUGGUAACGGCGUACUUUAAUACGCGCAAACGGCAGGCGUGCGACGAGUUACGCGGUAAGUCUAAGGUUUUGCUACUGGAGCGAGAUAGCUCGAGUAGCCAAGCGUUGACAUAUGCCGACGACUCGGAGCAGAUCGCGAUGGAUGCGAAAGAUGAGAGAAAGAGUCCGAUAAUUGUAUUGAAAGAUGCUCCCGCGAAGGAGGUCACUCGUGCCAAUAAAGCGGUUCGCAAUAUCCAAUUUGAUUCUACGAAGGCGAGCCUCGAGAAAACUCCGAACAGGCCCAGAACGCGAGCCAUGCGCUCGCGCGCGUUAUCCUCCACCGAUAGAAGCCAGCCGGAUAUCAGGGAUAGUUUGCUGAAGGCGAACAACGACUCGGAGACUAAGAAAGUGCCCUUUGAGAAGAUGGGUACGCUUAGUCCAAAAAAGAAGCCACGAACUCCCACGAAGUGCUCCGUCGUUCCAAAAGACAGCGUAAUCGUGGAGGCAGAGAAUGAACAAUCUGCCAGUAGUUGUCCGCUCACUCCAACGUCAUCGAGAAAGAUUCCGAUGGUGGAGAGACUCGCGAAGAAUGAUGACUUAAGCUUGACCGAAAUCAAAAGCAGAAUUCAAAAGUCCUCGAGAUUAGGGGAACUGAAAGCUAUAAUACAACGAAUUGCGAAUCAUGAGCAGUCGCUGGAGCAACUACAGAAGCAAAACGAUAUUAAGAAACCUGAAAUGCAAAAGUUUGAGAAGAUAGAACUUGAAAUUCCUGUGAGUCCACAGAAGGGAUGCAAAUCUCCAAUCAAGGCAUUGCGAACUCCAACCAAGGAUGCAGAUCUUUCAAAGACGGCCAGUCCUCAGAGGAGAAUUUUAUUUGAGCCUAAAGGAACAACACCAAGUCCGAUAAAAAGUAGUCCUACUAAGCCAUAUCAAAAGUAUCUGUCAUUGGCUGAAAGUGAGAUACCUGGAUUGGUGUUACCUUAUAAUUAUAGAUUCCUGGCUGAAGUAUUCAGAUGUGUUGAUACGGUUUCAGCAAUGUUGUUCAAUAGAAAGGAAGUGAUAACAUUCAAUAAAUUGAAACCUGCAGUUCAAGAGCUGGUGCGACGUAAUUUUACAUUGGAACAUCUAGCUCAAAUAAAAACUAUUUAUCCUGAUGCAUAUACUUAUCAUCAAGAGAAGCUUCGAAAUUUUGGUUCAGUAUCGAAACAGGAGAGAUAUGAAUUAGUUUUGAUACCUGUGGUUGACAAAAAUAAUGGAAGAAAUACUCCUGAUGCGGAUAAUGUAUUGAAGACUGCCUCUGAAAGUAACAUGAGUCCUACAGUACUGCUUGAGAGAAGGAAGAAAUUUUAUAAUAUUUUAUUAGAGAGAGUGAAAGAUGAGCAUGAGAAAUUUUUACUGAGCUGUGAAAGUCCAAGAUUAAUGAAUAUACCGAGAGAGAAAAUAACACGCUGGCAUCCCGAGUUUGAUGUAGAGUCUUGCAAGAAAAUUGAACAAGCCGAAUUACCGCAAUCACCUGUUGUCGAGAAGCCAACUGCUAAAGAUGUUCUUGAUAAAGCUAAAUCUUUGUUCAAUUGUGGUACGCGCAUGGAAAAAGCAUUGCAAAGGCUGGCUGAAGCAAACUUAACUACAAAAUCCAAAGACCCAUCUUCUACGCAAGAUUCUGUAACGCAAACCACAGAAGAUGGUAUUCGAAAGGUUAAUAUUACUAUUAUGGACACUCCACCAAUUACGCCAUCCACACAAAUAAAUCAUAUGAAUACACUACUUAAAGGUAUUCCCAAAGCUCUACUCGAGAAGGUUCGCGCUAGGCAGGAGGCCAAAGCAUUAGAAGCAAUGACAAGAACGCCAAAUGCGGAUAAGGAGGCUGCAUUAUACUCCAGACUUCCCGAGUUAGCGAAGUUUCUUCGGAAUAUUUUCGUGGCAGAAAGAAAGGGCGUUUUGCCAUUGGAGGCAGUGAUACAAAAGUUAGACAAUUCUUUCAGAAUAAAAUUAACAUUGCAAGAAAUGGAAGAGCAUAUACGGCAAUUAUGCAAGCUUUUACCUAUGUGGGCCAGUAUACAUACUGUACGGAAAGUGAAUUAUCUGAAAUUAGAUAAAAAUAUUGAACUUGCAAAGGUAAUUAAACGAUUAGAGAUUUUAGCCAAUAAUAAAGUCAAGACGACAUCAUGAUUUGCAAAUUCCACGCAACUGUAUUUUAGAGGUAAAUAUACUUUCUCGAAUAAUAAUAAUGAAAUCAUUGUUUUAUGAAAGUUAGGCAAAUGCUUAAUUUUUAUUUAGAUUUAGAUUGUAAUAGAUGAUUUUGAAUGCAUCUUUAUAAUAUAAUGAUAUCAUCUGUUUCUUUUACACUUUACUUGAGUAUUUUUAAAUAUUGGGAAUUAUGAAGCAUGAGAUAAACCAAAAAAUGCGAAUGUAAAUGACAUUUUAUGUUGCUUACUUAUCUAUGUUUCCAAUUUUAUUACACAAUUUUUGAUUAUUAUACUUUAUUAUUGGUUUGAAGAAUAAGAUUGUGUAUUUAAUAAAAUAUGAUAUCAUAAUAGAAAAAUUGAAAUAUGAAACUAUUUUCAUUAAAUAUGUAUAUCAAUAUGUAGUUAAUAUAUCAAGUCAAGAAUUCGAGUCAAAUCAUACAAAUAUUCUAAAUUUUCUAAGUAAGACUACUGACAAUGUAUGUGUAUAUGUGUGUGUGUGUGUGUUUUUAAUGCACUGCCUUUAAUAUUAUGUUAAUUAAUAAAGCUAUUAUAAAAUGUAACCACACAUAUCUAUGUAUGUGAAUAUUUAGUCCAUAUUAAAUAUCCACACACAUAUAUAGUUAAUAAAGCUAUUAUAAAAUGUAAUCACACAUAU